AUGGCUGAUCUUGAGGACCGCAUGUCUCUGGGUAUUCAAGACAACGAUGAAAAUUUUGAAGCUGAAUCUUUUCACGAAGAAAAUGAUGCCAUUAUGCGUGAUUCGAAUUCAACGAAUAUAUCGUCCGAAGAGCUUGCCAAUUUCGCCUACAGCCCCUGGGAACGAUUCCUCGAGUUUACGGUCGACAGGAUCCGUCGUCUCAUUUUGGGCGACUAUGUCUCGACCGAUGCAUCGUCAAUGCUCUCCGAAGAAGACUUCUCGCAAAUUCAUGAAUGGUUGCUUGAGCCCGACAGGCCAGUUGAUAACAAGGAACUUAUCCUGUUCGUGAAUCAAACACGAUUGGAAACUCUACCUAUGGACUUCCUGUUUGAGAUCCUGGAUCGACUCUUCAAUUUCCACCAGGAUGACGAGGAAAGACUUGAGAUUGGCUUCAUUCAUACACUUCAUGGUCUUCGGCUGCUGAGUGACUAUACGCGGGUCGUAGUGAAUGACUGGAUGCUGCGUUCCAGGCCAAAAUGGGAGAAGUUUGGAAGUCAUGAGCUAUGGUGCUAUCCAACCCGAGAUGCUGUUAAAGAAGCUCCCAGUACUCCGUGGAGUUAUCAUUAUCUCCCGUUCCGAGGAAUUGAGGAAGAGAAUGUGGCAGUUCAAGCGGCAAUAACUUGUGUCGAAUGCUUCCGCCUCCUCGUCGAACAGAACUUGAUUCCAAUUGGAGGAUAUGACUUGAAUGGAGAAAGUUUCCUUAACUGGGUAAUCAGAAAGCGCUGUCAGCCCGUCGUGGACUACAUGAUUGAUGUAAUGCCCGUCGAAGAAUUCUUCUACUCCACAGCUCCCCGCCUUGGAUAUCGAGAUGAUAAGCAUCCUCUUGUCAGUCUGCUUGAAAGUGGCAACCAGAAGGGAUUCGAGAAGCUUCUUGGAAAGCUGGCAGAGAGCAGGGGUCUCGAGAACUGGGACCUUGGCUGGUCACUGAAAGAUGACCAACGCAAGCUUCAAAUGUGCGCUUUUUUGUCCGCCCAACAUGCAGACUUGCUCUUGAAAAAGUUCAAUAUUAACAUUGGCGAAGUUGUGAUGAAGAAGGAAAUCAAUUGGGAAUACCCUCUGGGUCGUGUGGGAGCUUACCUCCCCUAUCGGCCAACCACAAGUUCAUGGCACCAAGCAGCCCGCCACAAUCCCGACGGCGAAGCCUUCAUGGAAUGGCUCUCGGAAAACUCAGGCUCAAAAUCGACUACCCUUAACAAACAGGGCUAUACAUCCAUCAUCCGUUAUUCAUAUGCACUCCGAGCUGCUGCGUUCAACCAGACCUUCCACAGCAAUGAGAUGUUCAAAAUGAUCCUCAAUGGGAUGCCGGAUGCGUUCUUCCGCGAUUUCGCCUUGGUGUCAGAAGUGUUCGGUUGGAUUAUCGAUGGACUUGUGGUCUUUCCGGUUUAA